UCAGACAUAUCUUUCAGAGUAACCGGGAAAAGGUCGUGGGCGUCGCGUAGUGUGGUAUAUUUCGAGAAACAGUACGCGAAAAGUGUGAAGAACACCUAAACGCCGUCGCUGUUCUCGAAAACGCCAUAAUGUUGACGCUACUGGAGCCACCCGGUGCGAAGCGCGUACAAGCGCUCGCAAAUCGUUCCGCGCAGCAUCUUCUCAGGCUCAAUCCAGAAGAUGAAGAAUACUUCGAUGCGGCCGACUACGACACUUCCAAUGAAGUUAUCACUAGCGACCACACCAUCACUCGCUUCUUGGACAAGCAUCUGGUGUGGAAAUCUAGCUCGGAUGACUACAAUGAUCGCUGGAAGCGCGAAUUUCUUAAGCGACCAUCGUGGUGUGACGCAGAUCUUUGCUUGCAGCAAAUAAAAAGGGGAAAGGCGAAUGGCAACAAAAGAGCUUUGUAUAUGCGAAGUUUCAUCCAGAAAUCUUUGUUCUCACUGGGAAAUUUCGUACAUGACAAUGCAGCUUCGGUUAUCAUCACCGUACUGGUCCUCUAUUCCAUAUGUUGCUACGGACUACAGUUUGUUCGUAUUGAAACAGACAUAGUGAAGCUGUGGGUAGCAAAAGGAGGACGACUGGAUGAAGAGCUCAACUUUCUGUCGAGCAUACAAGCUACUAUGAAUAACAACGAUUCGAGAGGGGGAAGCGAGAUUGUUCGAGAAAAUGGACUUGGUGGAGGUUAUCAAGUGGUGAUUCAAACUCCAGAAUAUCCUGGUCAGAAUAUCUUGGACCGGGAUCCGCUGCUGAAGCAUGUGGACACUAUGACGGAGAUCGCUAACUUCAGCAUUGAAUUGCACAACGUAACUUGGUCCUUGUCUGACAUCUGCUUCAAACCAGCCCCACCUCAGCUGGAGGGUAUAGCUGCAGAAAUGGCAGAUGUGAUUGAAAGAAUUGUGCCUUGCAUUUGGAUAACACCAAUCGACUGCUUUUGGGAAGGCUCAAAAGCUCUCGGCCCGCAUCCACCCAUAGAGACGAAAGAUCUGUCAUUGUUGGCGUGGUUGAAGUCAAUUCCAAAUAGAAAAUACAUUCAGUGGAAUGAUUUUGAUCCAAUGGAUGUCAUCAAUGAAAUCCAUCGCAUGUUCAACCUAGGAUCGCAUCACACCUUUUUUGAGAGGGCUGGUCUUGGGCAUGGUUAUCUCGAUAGACCAUGCAUGAAUCCACUAGAUCCAGAAUGCCCUAAGCUAUCGCCAAAUUACUAUGAUGUUUGUCCGAUGCUUGGAAAGUUUCGUGAAUAUGCUGAUAAUAACAAUAUCACCCUAGUACCAGACGAUUUUUCAAAGGAUGUUUAUGAAUUUGAUUUGUUCUCAAUCUUUAGUAGGGGAGGAAGCAAACGGAGAAAGAGAGACACAGAAGAGGUUGAGCUUGAUCCUGCAACGAAUGUUCCGGUGCCUAUAAACCCAGAAAUACUUGCAGCACAGGACGCUGAACGAAAAGCUGAGGAAGAGAAAGCUGCUGAAGAUUGCAAACACUAUAGGGGGCCAAUGAUGCGGUGGAUGUUCGCCAAUCCAGACAAAUGGGCAGAGUUUCUUCACGAGAAGGAGUAUCCUCAUUUUCCCGAUUACGCUCACAUCAUGUCGGGUGGUUGCCCUGGUUUCGCAGCGGGAGUUCUCCACUGGCCGGAAGAUAUGAUACUCGGAGGGGUUAAGCGUCCUAGCAAAGGGGCUGAUAUGCAGUCAGCAGACGCGCUACAGAGUGUAUUCUUGGUAGCGAGCCCAAACGAUGUUUAUCUGAGGUUUAAGCAAAAAGGUAACCGUCCGUUGGCUAAGCCUGAGUUAGACCAAAGUCAGUGGACUGAGAAAUUUGCUGAAGAAGUGAUACAGCAGUGGCAACGUAAUUUUACACAAAUGCUCUACAAGCACAAAGCAAAUUUCGACGAGCAGGGUCUUGAACGGCGCACAAUUCACCCACUCGCUUCCACAUCUAUUGCUGAUAUGUUAGAGGAAUUCUGUCAGUUUAAUUACAAAAUUAUCUUUGUUGGAUAUGGGCUGAUGCUUGUGUAUGCAAUUUUCACUCAAAUGAAAAGAGAUGGCUGUCUUCCUUCGUCUCAGUCUUGUAUGGGACUUGCAUUUGCUGGUGUUAUUACUGUAACUUUUGCUUCUAUCUCUGGAUUAGGCUUAGCGACCUGGUUUGGCAUCGAGUUCAAUGCAGCAACUACGCAAAUUGUUCCUUUUCUUACACUUGGUAUCGGUGUCGAUAAUAUGUUUAUGUUACUGCACAAUUAUCACGGUAUCAUGUCGUUAACUGAUCAACAUGAAAUUGGCAUUCUGAUGCGCGAGACUGGAAUGUCAAUCUUAUGCACCUCGACAAAUAAUAUUCUGUCGUUUUUGGCAGGUACAAUGUUGCCCAUUCCGGCACUGCGUUCAUUUUGUGCGCAGAGCACAAUUCUACUUACUUUUAACUUCAUUGCCAUUCUCACUUUAUAUCCUGCAUUGAUCUCCAUAGAUCUCCGACGUCGCAAAGCGGGUAUGCGUGACGUAUUCUGCUGCCUUCGUGGUGAAGCCAGGCAAGAAUCCUAUUCCAUGAUCACGAAACCUCAUUACCAGGAAAAACGUACCAUUGGCGAUCCUAUGCCGCGAAUUAUGUCAUAUAAAGAAAUGGAGGAAGAACCAGAGCCAGAACCAUUUUCACUCCAUUAUGUAUUGCGAAAGUAUUACAUACCUUUUAUCAACAAAAAAUGGACCAAGAUUGUUGUCAUUAGCGGUUCUAUAGUAUUGCUCAUACUCUCUUUCAUUGGAAUGCAACGAGGUGCAAUAGGACUGGAGCUGAGCGACGUCUUACCGGAACAUACCGCACCUGCCAAGUUCCUUCAAGCUCGAGAUAAAUACUUUAGUUUCUAUCCUAUGUUUGCUGUGAUCAAAGGCCCCAACAUCGACUACGCCCGACAGCAGCAUCAGAUUGAUAACUACAGAAAUGCGAUAGGUUCUUCCAAGUUUGUAAUCAAAAGUAACUCUGGAGAACCAUCCGAGAAAUAUUGGCUGGGAAUGAUGAGAGAUUGGCUAGCCAGUCUUCAAAAUGCUUACGAUAAUGAGAUGGCGUUAGGAAAGUUCAACUUGACUGAUGGUGAGUUGAAGGGCAAUGUCAGCGAAGAUGCGUUAAUAGCCCAUCGUCUGAUCUGUAGCGUCGGAAAUAAAUAUCAAUGCGAAGGAAGAGUUGGUAAAGUGCGAUUAGUCGAUGGUUUGGGCACAAUCAAUCCGGAUGGUUUCUAUAAUUAUCUGACAGCUUGGUUCAAUCAAGAUAACAUGAUGUACUACGUAUCUCAAGCAUCGUUCUAUCCAACACCCCCAAAAUGGUCAAUAACUGACAAGAAAGCACCAUUACUAGUACCACCUGCCGAACCGUUAGCUUAUUCACAGAUUCCAUUCUAUCUUACCGGACUCACGGAUACAGCAGUAAUUGUAGAGAUGAUCAAGGAAAUCCGAUCUACUUGCGAUUACUUUGUAGAUAAUGGUUUACCGAAUUUCCCUCAAGGUAUAGCGUUCACUUUUUGGGAACAGUAUCUCCAUUUGACCUACAACCUUUUGACGGCAAUCGUUCUCAUUGCUUGUGCUGUAUUCGUGGUCAUCUCGAUCCUACUGUUCAAUCCUUGGGCAGCCUUUAAUGUGCUGAUGAUUCUUAUUGUGAUGACCGUUGAACUUGCCGGAUUCAUGGGCUGGGCAGCUGUGAAGAUGAAUCCUGUGUCGGCGGUGACACUGAUCACUGCAGUAGGCAUUGGCGUCGAAUUCACUGCGCACGUCGUGUUAGCUUAUCUGACAUCUUUGGGCACGAGAGCUGAAAGAACUUCUAACGCCAUAGAUCGGGUAUUCGUCCCUGUAAUUCACGGAGCACUGUCAACAUUAUUAGGCAUUCUUAUGCUUGGAUUUUCGGAGUUUGAAUUUGUCGUAAAAUAUUUCUUUGUUGUGAUGUCAGCUUUGAUCGUGAUUGGAGUAAUCAAUGGCUUGAUACUAUUGCCAGUUUUGCUGUCACUGAUGGGCGCACCCCAAGAGGUGGUUUCGGCAGAUGGGAAAGCGCGUUUAACAUUGCCGCCGCCACUUCGUCGUCGAGAAAUUGAAAUUGAAGAAGAUGACGAAGGUUUGAUGAUGGGUGCUCGUGGUAUGCGCUCAUUUCGCAACAUAGCGAUCUAGCAGCGCAUAUGGCGCUGGGCCCCAUAAUUUUCCCUGAUGACUCGCUUUAUUACGGACUCUAUCGCUGGUACAGAAAUCUGCCCUGCCAAUGUCCUUUCAUAGUUAACAUUUCCAUUUUCAUGUUUUUAUUGCUUGCUUGUCUGAUAUUGCCUUCCUUUUUCCGCAAAUCUUCUCUCGCUCUUAUCAUAGUUUCUUUAUUCAUGCAAAAAUCUUCUCUUAUUUCAAGCAUUCAUGUUUCAGGUAACUGUGUAUGUGUGUAUCUUAACUUCUCUUUUUGCUCAAUGAGAACUUGUAUAAUGUGCUCGCAAGUGCAAUGUUGUGUACUGUAUCUUCAAACUAUUCAUAUAAUCACCAUGUGAGGAGCUUUAAUCACCCCUUCUUGUUCCAAUUUGUAGUUAACCGAAGCGCGGAUCCGGUUGCACAACUCGAGUUUCAACGUGAACUCGUUUUAACUCCCCACUUCAGUGCAUGCGUCAUAAUAGAGCUGUAAUUAAUUUUCACGGGCAGUCAUCGAUCUCGUUAGGAACGCAUAGAAAUAUUCCAUAGUCGUGGUCGAUGACCGCUUAUUUGAUUGUGUUAUUGGUUUUAUGCUUUUCCAUGUAAUACGUAACGACGAUCUCUUAUAGUAGUCACAUCCGGUAUCACUUAUACUAGAUAGUGAUACUUUAUUAGGAACCGUUUGCUCAUGCAGUCCUAAUAAUGCGGACGUUUUCGCUCGUUCCGUAAGCAAGCCAUUGAAGUCUUCGAUUUAUAAUUGUUCCGGUGACAGAUGUACCAAUAGGACUGCUAGAACUGCUGAAUUACAUGACUCUCACAUUUUCCGAUGCGUGAUCUGUGUUAUUGUUUUUCAAUUUUUGUUUCCUUCUUUUAGCGAUUGUUAUCUUAAUAAAGAUUUUUAUUUAGGCUA